AUGAGAUCUUUUAAGAGACCCAGUUAUAUUUCAAAUAGUGCACGUCUAAAUAAUAAGAGUGUAAAUUCAAAAAACUGCACCAUAUAUUCAUUUGAACAAGAUGAAGAAAAUAGACGAAAUUUAUCUUCCAGAUUAUUAUGUACUAUGCAUUCAUCCAUAACCAUAUUAGGAAUUAUAUGUAUCCUUAUACUGAAUGUUUGCUUAACUAAGGAGAGCUCAUCAUCGCUUAUACAAAUAAAUUUUAAUAAUUCCAGAAAAUUAGCCGAUGUAUCUAUCUCUGAUAUCCCAAGUGUAAAACUUCAUAAUAGUUUUGAUAAUGUUAAAGAAGAAUUUGAGAGUGAAAAUCUUGAAUAUGAACAAGAUAAUGAAUCUUAUUAUAAACAUAAUCCUCUAGAAGAUUUACAAGAUAUAAUGAAUAAUACAUCUAUAGCUCCCUUAGAUGGAAAAUAUUAUGAUACCCUUCAACAAUGGAAUGAAGAAAAAAUACAACAUAAAUUAGACAAAUUAGAUGAUAUACCUUCCAAAUUAGAUAAGCUUAUAAUAUGGGCACAAAUACAAGGAAGUGAAAGACUUAAAACAUAUAGUAUGGUAUACACCUUAAGAAGAUUAUUUAAAUCUUUAUUAAAGGAAUAUAAUUUAAAACAAAAAGAUAAAGAAAUUGAAUGGAUUAUACUCUGUUCUAAUGCUUCAACUUCACAAAUAUAUGAGGAAUAUAAAAAUAAUUUAUCUUUCUAUGCAUUAAUGAAUAAAAAAAAUGUAACAAAACAACAAUUUAUAGAUUUUAUUAAUAAUGUAAUAACAAAUUUCAGAGCUUUAAGAGAACAGGAAUUUGAUAAUUUUCAAGAAGACUUAUUUGAAUCUCUUAAACCAAAAAAAACAUUAUAUCAAUAA